AUGGUUUUUUCAGAAGUUUUGGGAAUGGAUUCGUGCACAAUUGAGGGUGACUCACAAGUGAUGGUCAAGAUUUUGCCCAAGUUUCUGGUGCAACCGGGUUCAGAUGUGGAUGAUGAAAGAAACAACAAAGAAACAAGCACAAGCUUCCCACAGAAGAAGAAGCAGAAAAAGAAUACCGAUACAAUCCCCUUUAUUUUAACUGUAACUAGCAAAUCACCAAACACUUCUUAUUCUUCUUCUUCCUCCUCCUCAGCCUCAUUUGAUGAGCUCCCUAGGGAGACAUGGUGGGAAAAUGUUGAUCUCUACAAGUGCGAUGGGUUCUGGUACGGGCUUCCCCACCUUGUUGCUGCCAUGGAAGCCCAGUCGAGCUUCAAGGCCCGUGACGAUGACGUUCUUCUGGCGUCCUCGAUGAAGACCGGAACGACCUGGCUCAAGGCUCUGAUUCCCUGCAUCAUGGACCCAUAUGCUCGUUUGCUUAAUGAUGAUGAUGAUGGUUAUCAAGAUCCACUGAUCCAAAGCCACCCCAACGAGCUCAUCCCUUCUCUAGAAAUACAGAUCUUUGCAGAAAACUCCACUUAUGAUGUCUCAGGUAUGCCGUCCCCUAGGCUCUUCCGAACACACUUGCCCUACACAAAGCUGCCAGAAUCCAUCAAGAGCCCCGGCAACAGCAAAAUCGUCUACAUCACUCGGAAUCCAAAGGACACGUUUGUCUCCCUAUGGCACUUUUUUAACUCCAUCCGGACAGUUGAACAAGGCCCAUUGCCCCUAAUUCAAAUGUUCGACAAAUUCUGCAAUGGGGUUCAUGCCUUUGGUCCCUUCCACAACCAUGUUCUCGAGUACUGGAACGAGAGCGUAAAGAGGCCUGAAAAUAUCCUCUUUUUGAAGUACGAAGAGCUGAAGAGGGAUCCGAGGGGGGAAGUGAAGAAGCUGGCUUUAUUUCUCGGAAGGCCUUUCGGAAAAGAGGAGGAGGUUGAUAAGGUAUUGUGGAGGUGCAGCUUUGAUAGGUUGAAAAGCUUGGAAGUUAAUAGGCAUGGGGUGGAUACAUGGGCUGGCUUUCCCAAAACUGCAUAUUUCAGGCUUGGUGUUGUUGGGGAUUGGAAGAAUAGCUUGACAGAGGAGAUGAAAGAGAGACUUGACCAAAUCACAAGCAAGAAGAUGGAGGGGUCAGAGUUGGAUCUUUGAUUAGUGUUUGAAUGUUUGGGUGUAAAUUUCAUAGCAAUUCCUUGAGUUAGAUUUUGGAGUUGCGAAAUUCCACCUCCUGUGAGUUAGCCUGCUCACAGGAGGUAGGGCUCAUUCUAAUCGUCUUUAAUCGGUACUUUAUACAGAGUACAAGGAAAACAAAAUCAAUAAAGGGGUGUUUUCAAAGAAAAA